AUGAAUGUUGUCAAGCAACCACCUCAAGUAAUGACUAAAUGGGACAAAGGAUUCCUUCUCCAACUCGGUAUGAUCCUCCCAAUUGUCCUUGUCUGCAUCCCUUCUUCCUUCUCACGAGGAACAGAAUUCUUGGACUCUCCACUUCCCACCCCAGUUGACUUAGUGUACUUCAUAAUACCGUUCACUGUUAUCUCGCUUCUGAGAAUCGUCUUAGCCCAAAACCUCUUUCUCAAAAUUGCAAAGAAAGUUGUUUUUGUCAAACCAGAUUGGACAAAGGAAUUCACUGAAUUCAGAUAUGAACGUUUUGGACUGACGUUCUUUAAGUUCUUAUAUUACAUGAUGAUCGCUCCUUUGGGUAUUUAUUUGUUUAGAAAUGAAGACUGGAUGCCAGCCGCGCUGUUUGGAAGAGGAAAAUCAGAUUUGAUGCUCAUCUAUGAGAAUUUCCCAUAUGUACCCGAAGUGAAAUACCUCUCCAUUUAUUACUGUUUGGAGUUGGGAUAUCAUUUCCACAGUCUUGUGUUCCAUCUCUGCUCAACACCAAGAAACGAUUAUUAUGACACGUUGCUCCACCAUGUUGCAACAAUCUUUUUGGUUGUUUUCAGCUAUCUCAACAACUGUGGGAGAAUUGGGAUUUGUGUGAUGGUUCUCCACAACAUUGUGGACGCCGUGAUGUACUUCACAAAGUGCACCAAUGACUUCAAAAAUCAAAUUCCUUGUGACAUCGGCUUCAUUUUCUUGGUGAUCUCUUAUGCGAGGUUUAGACUCUGGGUUUUCCCAAGGUACAUCAUUUACGCUGCUUUCCAGGCGUACCACGUCAUUCCUGAAGGAGCAACGGGAGGGUACAUUGUGUACGGACUUCUUGUUGGGAUGCUGUGCAGUCUUUUGGUUCUCCACAUCUACUGGUUUUCACUCAUCCUCGACAUGGUGAAAAAGUUGUUUUCAAAAAAAGGUGUCGUAGACCCUCAUGCAGUGAAACAAAAAACACAAGUUUAA